AGACACCAAGAAGAACUGCCAUCCCAUCCAACCAGUGAAAAUCCUGCAUACCAAUGGACACCAAGUCAAGACACAACUCAGGCUCAAACCCAGUAUGGCUACAACUACCACCACAUCGACCAAAGAACUGAGAGCCAGUGCUCCUACGCAGCCUGCUCUGAAACCAAAUCCAGCAGACAGUCGAAUACGACUGACGUCUAUGCUGAGUUUACAACUGCUGCCACAAGUAUUCACUACAGCGCUGAUCCAGCCGAGAACUAUUAUGAAGCGAGAGGGGAUGCCCAGUACAACCUGGAGGACGCAGGGUUCAAAUGUCAGUAUGUACUUGAAAGCCAGUACGACGCUGACUCCAGCUCCAUGUGUGCUUCUGAAGCCCAGUACUCCCCUUACCGAGCCGGUGGCCAGAGUCAGUAUGAGUCGGCCCAUGCUCAUUAUCCGGGCGAUGGACAGUCUUUCUACCAUUCUGAAGCUCAGCCGGAGAUAGAAGAUCAUGCACGGUAUGUGCCGGAGGGAUAUGUUCACUUCCUGCUGUCAAGAAACUCCCAGCAGGGAGUAAUGGUGAAGAUGGCCUCCAGUGAAGACGCAGCAGAGGAGCUCGACAACAGAGAAGACCCACCUUCAUCAGCAGAUAUCUCAGGAGGGUCAAAUCAGAGGAGAAAGUUGGCAGCCCCUCCAAUGGAUGUGUCUCUGGACCGCAGUGAGGGCUCUCUGCUGUCAGAUGACGCUCUGGAUACGGAGGACGACGCCUUAGAUACUGGGGAUGACCUGGAUGUCAACAUAGAUGAGCUGGACACUCCUGAUGAGGCCGAUUCAUUGGACUUAAACAGACAUGAGGAUUCAGAAGAGUCUAAUCUCGGUGCAGAAGCAGCAUCGAGUGAUCCAAACACAGGCCACAGGGCAGCCGAGGCGAGUCGGGACGGCAAACUGUGGAGGAGUGUGUUGAUCGGAGAGCAGGAGCACCGCAUCGACAUGAAGUGCAUUGAGCCCUACAAAAGAGUCAUUUCUCACGGAGGUUAUUAUGCGGAGAAGAAUGCGAUCAUUGUGUUUGCAGCGUGUUUCCUUCCAGACAGCGACUGUGACAAUUACAACUACGUAAUGGAAAACCUUUUUCUGUAUGUAAUAAGUACUUUAGAACUGAUGGUGGCAGAAGAUUACAUGAUUGUUUACCUGAAUGGAGCAACGCCUCGCAGAAGGAUGCCUGGUUUUACCUGGAUGAAGAGGUGCUACCAGAUGAUAGACAGGAGACUGAAGAAAAACCUCAAGAUGUUCAUCAUCGUUCAUCCUUCCUGGUUCAUACGGACUUUGCUGGGAAUCACCCGACCCUUCAUAAGCUCGAAGUUCAGUAGUAAAAUCAAGUAUGUGAAUAGUCUGCGAGAGCUUGGGAGAAUCAUCCCAAUGGAAUACGUCCACAUUCCACCCAGCAUCCUGAAGUAUGACGAGGAGAGGGCUACACACAAAUUUGCAUGCGUGAGAGAUGACCAGGGCAACUCGGCUGUGUGACGAGAUGCUUGACUGCACUGCAGUCCGACGCAGCACUUCUGAACAUGAACGCCUGCAGCAUGAUGCACAUGGCACAUAGUUGUUCCGCCCACAAAUAAGAAAAGGGUGAGAAGAACUUGCUGUGGUAAAAAAAAAAUAUAUAUAUAUAUCCAGCAACUGCCUGUUUGUUCAAGUUGAAAUGUGAGAGUACUGCAUAUAUACGAUACUUAUAUUUUUGCAGUGCAGAGACUGUCACUGUGCUAAAAGGAGGAUGCUUAAUGCUGUAUGUCAGUAAUUUACACAGCACUUACUUAUUAUAUUUGACAACUUAAACUCAUAACUUAAGACAUUUUUGACCAAAUGGGUGACAAUAGUUACCAUUUUGUGUUCUCGAUACGAGCCAGACUUUGAACACAUUCUCCAGGUAUUAUUUUAUAAGAGCAUUCCUUCCAUUUGUGCAUUAUUAACAUUCAUGUGUUACGAAUCGACUCAUGGUAAUAAUAACGGUGGAUUUUCUAUAGCCUUAGUAAAGCUCAUGCCUCUUUCAAUUCCUAAACAAAUCCAUGAAUACAGAUGCUGUGUUACAUAUCAUCUACUCACCACACACUGUUGUUAAAUGGUAGCUGUCAACAGACUGUACUGUAAAGUGAUUCUCUAUUUAAACUGUCAUUUUAGAUAAUAAAAUACAAUCUAAACACUUUGUACUGUAUUAGCCCGGACAGCUCGCGCUGGCAUAAAUUGCAAUGACCAAGUUGGUGUUUGAGUUUACAGAAGUGUCUUACAUUGUGUCACUCUCUGGUGAGGCACCUCCUUCCGUCUUUAAGCGUCCGUCAACAGGCUGCCCUGGAAACACUGUGUCACUCCGAUGUAACGACACCGCUUAUAUAUAGCAAACAAGCACUUCUCCCUAGAUGAUAUCAUUUUUCAUAAAAAUGCAGGAUUACAUAUGAAAAAUGUUAGGAAGUUUUCAAUAUCUGCAGUAAUGUGUAGC